AUGAAGAGCACACUGAGCACCUGGACCCCUCUGAACCACCCGCUGUCCAACACCAAGCUGUUUGAAGAGAGGCGCAGCCUUCUGGCAAAGUGGUUCGACAGGUGGUCCGGCGGCCAGAGGAAGGCGGUGCUGGAGGACUUGGUGCUGAGCUGUUCGGUGGAGCAGCUCCGGUUCCUGAACGUCAGCGUGAGCAGACGGCUCCCCCUGCAGGCCGCAGACCUGUGCUGCCUGCUGCCCAGAGCCCUCUGCCUCUACCUCUUCUCCUUCCUGGACCCACGCAGCCUCUGUCGGUGUGCCCGGGUGAGCUGGCACUGGUGGAGCAUAGUGGAACUGGACCAGCUGUGGAUGCCCAAGUGUGUGAGGCGGGGCUGGUGCAUCAGCUUCUCCCCCGCCCCUCUGGAGCAGGGCGUCUGGAAGAGACACUACAUCCAGACGGUGCAGGAGCUGCAGGCCGCCUCAGCCCAGCAGCAGUUUGUGGCUCCACACGUUUCAGCCGUCGGCGGUAGACGUGAGGGUCCGUCAGGACCAGCCUUCAUCAGAGAGGAGCCUUCAGCGUCCACCACCCAACCCCCCGGAAGCAUCUCCAGGACGGGAUUAAGAAAAGAGAAGCUGCCGUGGAGAGACUCCGACAGACGUCCCAGAGACACACUGCGCUUCAACUACCUGGACAACCUGGACCCUCUGGACCCCCUGGAGCCCCUGGACCCUCUGGAGCCCCUGGACCCUCUGGACUCCCUGGAGCCCCUGGACCCUCUGGAGCCCCUGGACCCCAGUGAACAAGCUCUCAAAGCGGCCGUGACCAGCGGAGCCGCACGGAGCCAGAGGACGCGGUCUGAGGCGCUCUACAAGCUGCACGAAGCCAACGCGCUGGUACACCACGCUCCAUCCAUCACCACCACGAGCCCACUGCGACUGGGACCCCCACGUCUGAAUCAAAGGGGGAGGAGGGGGGUAAACGUUGGGGGACUCUCUGGAGACCGUGCAACCAGCAGGCAUCAUGAAUUAUGGAACAGCGUUUACACAGAGAGCACGUUAAUGAUGCUCAGAGAGAUGAAGCCAAAGGAUGCUGAUGAAGGGGUUUGGGGGGAUAGGGGACACUGUGCUCUUUCAUAGUCACAAUUUGGUGAAAUCAUCAUACAUUAUUUUUCUGCAACUAUUUUUUAAAUAUAACAGUGUACAUCUGGAAUCACGUAGAAUGUUGGUUAUUAAAGUAGCUCCAGUUCUCU